GAAAUAAUGGAUGGAGGAAAAAAAUUUAUUAUUAUUGUUAAACUACUUACGUGGACAUAGAAAAUCAACGGCUUCGUCUCCUAUCCAUAAACUGGAUGGGAUUUCUUAUCCUAAACUCUGUCUCUGUCUCUCUCAAAAUUGCAGGCUGCCAACAACUCUCCAUUGAAAAAUUCAGUCCCCUCUGUACCCCUUGCUCUCCAUUAGCAAACCAUCUCCAUGGAGAGUAGUCUCUUUGCUAAUCAAUGUCUUUCUCGUCUCAAACUUUCUCCCAAUCUCAAAAUCCCUUCUUCUCCUUUCUUUUCCCAUCAAUUUCCAAACCUCAAAACACCCCAUGUCAAUUAUAAGCCCUCCUUUACUCUCUUUGCCAUCCAAAAUCAAGAAACACAGAACCCGCUUCAAGAAAACACCACCACCACUAACGCUGCCCAAGAUGACGAGUCCUUCGGCGAAGUUAGCAAGAUUAUUGGCAGCAGAGCCCUCCAAGGCGGCACCGGCAUGGAGUACUUGAUAGAAUGGAAAGAUGGCCAUGCACCUUCAUGGGUACCAUUUGAUUACAUUGCCAAAGAUGUGGUCGCCGAGUAUGAAACUCCAUGGUGGACCGCAGCUAAAAAAGCCGACGAGCCUGCUCUCAGCCGAAUUCUCAACGCUGAUGAUGGACGUGAUGUCGAUGCUGUCGACAGUUACGGCCGUACCGCUUUACUUUUCGUAUCCGGUCUCGGCUCCGAAGCUUGUGUUAAGCUCCUAGCCGAAGCUGGGGCGAAUUUGAACCACCGCGACAACAGUGGCGGCUUAACGGCUCUUCACAUGGCUUCCGGAUACGUGCAGCCGGGUGUGGUUAAGUUGCUAAUCGAUCUCGGGGCGGAUCCUGAAGUGCAAGACGAUCGAGGAUUGACACCGUUGGAAUUGGCUAAAGAAAUUCUGAAAGUGACUCCAAAAGGCAACCCAGUGCAAUUUGCAAGAAGAUUGGGGCUAGAAAAUGUAAUAAAAAUUCUAGACGAGGAAAUAUUCGAGUACGCGGAGGUGCAGGAGAUAUUGGAGAGGAGAGGGAAGGGCGAUAAGGUGGAGUAUUUGGUCAAAUGGAAGGACGGUAGUAAUAAUGAGUGGGUGAAAGGCCAGUUUAUCGGCGAGGAUUUAGUGAAGGAUUUUGAGGGAGGACUAGAGUAUGCUGUAGCAGAGGGAGUGAUGGGUAAGAGAGUUGGCGAUGAUGGGAAGAAUGAGUAUCUUGUAAAGUGGACGGAUAUUGAUGAGGCCACGUGGGAGCCGGAAGAGAAUGUAGAUCCUGAUUUGAUCAAGGAGUAUGCUGAGGCCCAGUUAAGCAAGGAUGGGAAUGGAUCUCCUUGAUUCCUAAGGUGUAAUUUUUAAGAUUGAAAAUUUUCAAUGAAACGAAUGGAAUUGUUUCUUGAAUUCUA